CUUAAAACAAACCAGGCUUCGCCUCAGCCUCCAUCCAACUCCACAUAGGUUCGGCCUGGAAGCUCGUUACGUCGACUCCCCGACGUCAGACCUCUUGCAUCACUCUACGACCAAAGUAGUUUAUGUACUUGGCUCGUAUCAGCACUCAUCAGUUACAGUAUUGUCAUUUUCAGGCCCCUUAGCAGAUACUGCUCACGUAUCCUGAAGCCCGCAUAGUGCUGCUCGCUCGGGAAACCGACACCCACGUCAUCCGCACUUAUUUCAGCCUGUACGACCUAACAAGAUGGUCGAAGCACCACAAGGAGGUCGACUUCUGCGCACCCUCAAUAGCAGAUACAUCUACGGCAGAGUCCCUUUACUCCACUGUCUGGUAUUCCUCAUCGAGAUGGCCUUCGUCUCACUACUCGUGCGGCGAUUCAAUUCAUACUAUGCGAAUAAGCCAGUCCUCACUACAAUGAUAACCAACGCCGUCCUCGGUGGCAUAGCAGACACCGUAGCGCAAUCCUUGACGGCAAUAAAAGCGCGUAAUAGCAGGAAGUUGGCAUCAGGCAAAGAUGACUUCAUCUCUAUCGAAAUACACGAAUUGGGAAAGAAGGAUUGGCCCGGCGAGCUGGUUUCCACCAAAGGCCUCCCUCCACCCUUUGACUUCGAACGACUUACCCGGUUCAUGGCCUACGGUUUUCUCAUGGCGCCUGUUCAGCAUAAAUGGUUCGCAUUCCUAUCCUCGACGUUCCCUAUUACCAAAACGUCCGCUCUCGUACCAGCCUUGAAGAGGGUCGCCUUCGACCAGUUCUUGUUCGCUCCUAUUGGCCUGGCGUGUUUCUUCACAUUCAUGACCGUUGCUGAAGGUGGCGGCAAGCGUGCUGUAGCGCGCAAGUUUCAGGAUGUUUACGUUCCCGCACUCAAGGCCAAUUUCAUGGUAUGGCCAGCCGUCCAGAUCCUUAACUUCAGGGUGAUGCCUAUUCAGUUCCAAAUUCCCUUUGUUUCGACCAUUGGUAUCGCAUGGACAGCGUAUCUAUCACUGACCAAUUCUUCAGAGGAAGAGUGAAAUGACAAAAGAAACUUGGCUAGAUUUUUUGGAGAGCUUUAAUUCGUACCGUCAUGGCGUCAUGGCUUUUUUUUACGGCGGUCGGAUGAUGAUCGUGUUCGACGAGCACAACUAAGCAUUUCAUGGCGCUUAUGGUGUAGGUGGUUUACCUUACUCUUCGUUGCUAUCUCGUAUUCUCUUAUGCAAAACUCUACAGCCUUCUCAGCCUUUAUAGUCCUUGGUGGUCGUAGACUCAUGGGUGAAAGGCUGCCUCUGCCUACGCGGGCACCUAUAAAGACUCAGCCGGU